AUGGGGAAACGGAGGCUCAGGGAAUCCAGAACCCAGACCACGCUCUCCCAGGUGACGGAAGCACCUCUGACCCAGGUCUGCUGGCUCCUGUCCCUGGCCUGGGAGAAGCCGAGCCCCGCCGCGCCCCAGGAGCCCCGGUUCCCGGACAUCUACGGCGGGGACGCGCAGCUGUGGGAGGCGCACUUCCGCGGCAUCGGGCGCGCCUAUCGAGCGCUGGGCGAGGAGAACGACUUCGCCAUCCGCGUGCUCACAGAGGACUUCACGCUGCCCUUCCCGUUCGCCUGGCCACCGGGGCCCGACCCGGCUCGCGGGCCGCUCUUCUACGACCCGCACGACCGCACGGGCUUCGACUUCCUGCUGCGGGGCCCGGGCGCGCCGCUCCCCGCGCUGCUGCGGCCCCUGCACAGCGCGGCGCAGGCGGCGCGGCGCAAGCGGCGCCUGGAGCAGCUGGCGCUGAGCUAUGCGCACGCGGGCGCCGGCCCCCAGCCCGGCCUGGUGCUGCUGACGCCCGCGCCCGCCACAGCGGGCGGCGCCUUCCCUGGGCCCGAGGCCGCUUCCCCCAGCGGGGGCGCCCCCUGGCUGGGCUAG